AUGGCCUCAGCUUUCAAAAAUUAUCAGCCGUACGAGCCAUUGAUUCCCCGCACUUCAACGACGUUAGUGAGGUUUUUGACAACACGAAUUAAUGAGACGUAUCGCGUCUGUGAUAAGAAGCCACAAAUAAAUGGGGAGAACUCUUUAACAGACCCUUUUGAGUCUUGUCACAACUACGGAUUAGACAACGAAAAAAACGAAUUAAUUGUGUAUAGGGGGAUGACACUCGGGACUUUCAAUUCUUUUGAAGGGAUGUUAUUCUCAAUGGACAAAGAUGUUUGUACAAAAUACAAAGUCAUUGACCGGCUUGGACAUGGCACUUUUGGUCAAGUCUUCAAGUGUUGGGACAUCAAGAACGAGAAAUUUGUUGCAGUAAAAAUCCUCAAGAACAAGAAGGCGUAUCUCCGACAAGGUCUCUUAGAGUGUGCUGCCCUAACUAUGUUAAACACUUACUUUGAUAGUGGGUGUGAACGCAUAGUGAAAAUGUAUGACCACUUCAUGUUUUGUGACCAUCUCUGUAUUGUGUUCGAGUUAUUAGAUAAAAAUUUGUAUCAGUACUGCAAGCUGCAUAGAAACAGUGGAAUCAAGUUACAAACGAUCCAACAAAUGAUGACGGAAUUAUUAGAAUCUGUUUCGAGUUGUUGUGAGUCUGGGAUCAUUCAUUGCGAUGUGAAGCCGGAGAACAUCUUGAUGGGGGAGAAUGGCGAAUUGAAGUUGAUUGACUUAGGAAGUGCAUGUUUUGAGAAUUACACGUUGUACACGUACAUCCAGUCUCGUCAUUACCGAGCCCCUGAAAUCGUGUUUAACAUGAAAUAUACCAAUGCGAUAGAUAUGUGGAGUGUGGGGUGUAUUAUAGCGGAAAUGUUUUUAGGUGUUCCAUUGUUUCCAGCGAGUAGUGAAUAUGAUUUAAUAGCUCGGUUUGUUGAAACUGUUGGGAUGCCCUCAGACGACUUUUUGUUGACGGGGAAGACUUCAAUGAAAUUUUUUAAAGAAGUCAAACGGACUGGGAAAUUCCGAUUGAAAGAGUCUUUUGAGUAUGAGUGGGAAAAUAAUGUUCGACUCCCACCUCACAAGAACUACUUGUACUAUGCAAAGUUAAGUGAUAUCAUAAUGAAGAACCCAAUGAAACUGAAUUUGGAUAUUAAAGAGAAUAAUGUGGCUAUUAGAGAAUGCUUGUUGGACUUAUUGAAAAGACUCUUAGUCUAUGACCCCUCUUCGAGACUCACGCCGGGACAAGCUUUAGCUCAUCCUUUUUUUACUUCACAGAAUAUAAGCGAAGUAACACAAAGCGACUUGGCUAAUUGGGUGCCUCCAGAAAGAGAAUUUCCAUUCAAAAUAUAUGGGCAUUCAGUCUCUUCAUUCCCUACCGAUAUGAUGAACGACGCGUUCGCCGGAGAGAUCGUUAUCGAUAAGAAACUGUCCAAUGCAGAGUACUAUAACAUAUUUUUCAAGCUUCUUCAGUCGGGUCACGUCGCAAAUGUCACCAUCGACAACCCAUUCGAAUAUGGCAGUGUCACACCACGACAAUUCUCCUCUGUCUUCGACCCCACAACGUCUGCACCGUUAUGCACACCACGAAGGGAAGUCACACCAAGGAAAAUCGCGUUGCAACAACUUCCACGGUCGAUGUCGGCGUCAACCUCUUCUAUCCAACACAAAGAAGAAAGCUUAAUUCGUCCAAAACUGAAGACUAGUGUCAUUUGUGUGAAAAAGCAAGACAAGGAAGAGAAGAAAGACCCAGAACAAUCAGCUUAA